ACGGAAGUAAGGGAGCGAGGGCAAGAGCGCGGCGCGGACGCUGGAUCUCCAGGGACCGUCUGCCAAGUGCGCGGCCCCGGCGGGGCGGCGGCGCCAGGUCAGCUGACCCAGAGCGCGAGCUGAACCCGGAGGCCGGGUCCCGCGGCCGGCGCUAGCGAGAGCCCUCCUCUCUGCUCGCCCCCCGGGCUGGGGGCGCCCGGUCCGCAGCCAUGGUCUGGAGGAAGCUGACUUCUGGCAACUUCUCCAGCUGCCCCAACGGCUCCCGCCAGUGGAUCUGGGACGUGUUCGGCGAGUGCGCCUACGACGGCUGGGACGAGGCCAGCGUGGGCCUGGGCCUGAUCUCCAUCCUCUGCUUCUCAGCCUCCACCUUCCCCCAGUUCAUCAAGGCCUGCAAGACCGGCAACAUGGACCAGGCCCUGUCCCUGUGGUUCCUCCUGGGCUGGAUCGGCGGAGACUCCUGCAACCUCAUCGGCUCCUUCCUCGCCGACCAGCUGCCCCUGCAGACCUACACAGCCGUGUAUUACGUCUCGGCGGACCUGGUGAUGCUGACGCUGUACUUCUACUACAAGUUCAAGAAACGCCCGCCUCGGUGUGAGUAUGGCGGCCGCUCUGUGCCAGCACUCGGCUGGCAGCCAGAGGGCCUGGAGCCGGGACGACGCGGGCUCCCCGCUGCUGGGCGACCCUUCACCCGGCAGGAGGUCGUCGGCUUCGUCAUCGGCUCCGUCUCCAGCGUGCUCUAUCUGCUCUCCCGGCUGCCCCAGAUCCGCACCAACUUCCUGCGGAAGUCCACCGAGGGGAUCUCCUACUCCCUGUUCGCCUUGGUGAUGCUGGGGAACACGCUGUACGGGACGAGCGUGCUGCUCAAGAACCCCGAGGUGGGCCAGAGCGAGGGCAGCUACCUGCUGCACCACCUGCCCUGGCUCGUGGGCAGCCUCGGGGUGCUGCUGUUGGACACCGUGAUCUCCGUCCAGUUCCUGCUGUACAGAAACCACGCUGCCGCCGCCUCCGCCACCACCACCGCCACCGCCGCGGAGCGCGAGCCCCUGCUCCCUAGCUGAGCAGCCCCCGGCUGAGCCCGGGAUGACGGAGCCCUCCGCGUGCCACGCCCAGGCAGGGAGGCGGAGCCCGCCACGUGCCACGCCCAGGCAGGGAGGUGGAGCCUCCACGUGCCACGCCCAGGCAGGGAGGCGGAGCCCUCCGCGUGCCACGCCCAGGCAGGGAGGGUGUGGGCACUGCUGCUGUCCCGUGGCCCAGCUGCCCGUCCACCGAGCCCCGGCCUCCCAGGGCGAAGGCUGCCGUCCCUGGGAGCCUUGGGGGCGGGGCUGCCCUCACACCCACCUACCUCAUGGUGCCUGAGCGCCCCCUGGGGGCCCCGGCUGGCCUCUCAGUCCCUGGGUGCGCGGGCCCGGCUGCCUGGGAGCCGCUAGGGGGCGUCCUGUCUGUAGGCUGCUCUGGGCCGCUAGGGGGCGUCCCGUCGAGGUGUCUGUAGACUGCUGCUCUGGGCCGGCUCCGUGGCAGGCCCCACCCUGGGUGCUGGGGACGCAGCGGCACGAGGGGGCCAGGGUGGGGGGAGCUGCUGCUCGGUGCUCAGCAAGAGCAGGGCAGUCAAGGUCCACCCUUGGUCCUGCAUCUGGGUGCCCGUUACCUCAUCUGUGAAAUGGGGUGACGGUACCGCAGCGUCAGACGACCUGAAAACGGCCCCGGGGUCCCGUCAGGCCCGCAGGGUCUAGUGGUCUGGCCCUGCCAAGAGAACCGCAGACAGGGCUCGGAAUCCAAUAAAUCAAUAGCAGCUA